AUGGCUCUGCUCAUGUCCGAGAUCUAUGACCGCAGGACCUCCGAGAAGCGCCGCCUGAGGCACUUCCUGGGUCUAGCCAUCGACCUGAACACCGCCGAGACAAAUGUUCUGCAGGGAGCGGAGGCACGCCCCGUGGUUGCUACUAUGGAAGGCCUGGCAGGCCAGCUUGCGACGGUCGGGCCGGAACCUUUGUCAGUUGUCGACGAAACUAAGAACCAGAUGUUCGACCUUAAGGCUCAGGAGUCAACCCUCCAAGACGUACUCCUAGGGCGCAACCGUGACCUCGAAGCGCAAGAAUCCCAAGAAGAAGAGCAGAACCGAUCUCUGGGGGGGAGGGCAGGUGCUUCUCUGGAAUUUCAGAAGUCCCACCUUCUGCGGCGCAUCAAGGUGCACCACAAGUUCAUGGUGGACUUGCUGGGCUUCAUGGACAAGAAGGAGGCGGUGGUGGGGCGCGCCGUACUUCGCUUGGAGGCCGCCCUAGCGACGUGCGAUGCACGGGACAAGGUUAUUUCGGCUGCAGACGAGAGAAUGGCCAAGCACAUAUUAGAGCUAAUAGAUCGCGCACAAAACCAGGAACCAGCCCCAGCUCCGGUUGAAGCCCCCGCUAACUCCGUCACCACGGCGCUCAACAAGUGGGUCGAAGGAAGCUUCUUCGAACGGUUCGUGGCGCGCACCAUGGCAAGAAACAACGUGGACGCCACCUUCUUGGCUACACGAGCUCUGUCGCCGGUGGAUACGUGGUACGUGCUAUCCACUUGCCUGGGACAAGGAACUUUCGGCGGCGUCUUCAAGAUAGAUGUCCUCACCCUGGGGGAGAGCUUCGCCAUGAAGCUAAUCAAGGAGGGAGAGGGCGAGAAUGCUCGAAGGCGGACGCGCAGGUCGCAAGAGUCCCUGCUUGGGGAGAUGGUCAUCUGUGUCUGUGUCCCGCCACACCCGAACGUCCUCCAAGCCGUCGGAGUGGAUGACAGGGAGCUGGACUGCAUGAAGAUCGUCUACCACCUUGCAGAAGGCGAUUUUAGCCGCUGCGCGUGGGGAAGCACAGAAGACAGCGCGGGGACGAAGAUGCGGUAUCUGAGCGAAGUCGCCAUGGGUUUGACCCACCUUGCCAACCACGGCUAUGUCCACAACGACAUCAAGCCAGCGAAUAUCUUGCUGGUUGACUCCACGCAGGAUGGGAACAAGACAACGCGUGCCGUACUAGCGGACUUUGGAUGCGCGUUAGCCAUCGGAGACGAACGUUUGGGAGAAGGCACCCUCGGGAGCAGGCCGCCGGAAGCGAGAAGCUCGGAGCUAAUAACGCGCUGCGACAGAAAUUUCCUCGACAACAUCGACGACGACCGUCGGUUCGACAAGUACAUCGAGAUAAUCUCCCACCGGAACAUGCUGGAGUCCUCUACACUCGAGAUCUUGCUCAACCCAGACCACCUCCUGGACGAGCUUCAUGAUGUGAAGCAGGAGUUCAUCGAGAUCGUACGAGCGGCCCUCCAACGUGAUCCGACCCUCCGCCCUUCGCCAGCGGAGCUUGUCGAGUCCCUCACCAGCAUGAGUAUUCGCUUGCUCGAGAAGGAACUGGGGAUCACACCGGUCUCCGCUGCUGCUACUGCCGCCGCCGCUGCCACUACAAACGCCGUUGCUGUAGCACCCGCCCCCCCCCAGAUGGCACCAUCACUCGCUCAAGUACUGAGCGGUGAAGGUGGCGGCGACGGCGGGAGACCUAUUGUGAGCGGCGGUGGGGGCAGUGGUGGUGGAAAUGCUAUGCUUCCGUUGAGCAUGCAGGCAACGGGAGGGGACGCGGCGGCGGUAGGCCGGAAGGGUGCCGGCGGGUCUGCCGCCACGCCGUUGCCGAAAGAUUCUGCUGGUGGAGCGACGGCAGCAGCGGUAGCAGCGGACGGCAGGGCAGGCGUGCUGCCGUCUUCGAACAACGUGCCUCGCUAUUUCCCGGCCUUCAGUGGAGAAGUACGAGCAAGAGAGGAAAGGGUGCCCCGGGCGAUUCAGGUCGGCAGUCAGCAUGUGCCCCCCACGUACGACGGUCACCGUGGCCCGGGAGGUAGGGGGUUCGAGAACCUCCAGCCAGCGGGACGCGGCGGCGGGGACGGCAAUGCCGCGCGUGUCGGUGCAUGUCCACAGGCCCCGCCACGCUGCCACCACCCUCAGCGGCAAGGAUGCGCACCGAGGGCUGCCGCUGCCCCACGCCACCGCCGGCACAACCACCACCACCAGCACCGCGGUGGUAACGAAGAGGCCGGUGUUGGCAUCGGUGUGAGGCCAGACGGCCGCCGUUCCGCUGCCGCAGGCGGGAUGGGAAACACCUACCGCCGCCCCCAGCACAACACUCCCCGGAAAGACAUGAGCAGUGCGUUUGGUGGAACCGUCACUGUCGUCCCAUCGCCGCCCUGCGUGCGCCCACCGCCGGGCUACGAACAGUACAACACACCGGGCUACGCACAACACAGCGCACCGGGCUACGCACAACACAGCGCACCGGGCUACGCGGAAUGCAACGCACCGGGCUACACGCAAUGCAGCACAACGGGCUACCCGCAAUACAAUGCACCGGGCUACGGGCAAUACAACGGACCGGGCUACGCGCAAUGCAGCACACCGUCUGCGGUUCCCCCUCCGCCGCCGCCACAGUGGGGCGCGGGGGGACCGGUGGGUGGACCCCCGUUUUUCAACCGAGCUACGGCAUCGCCGGUACCAUCAGCACCAUCACCCCCACCGCUAUGGCAGCAGGCCGCAUACGGUGCGCCGGUUAAUGUUGGUGUUGGUGUUGGUGCUGGUAUUGGUGGUGCUCCGACUUACUACGGCCACGCGGCGUACGCGAGGGUAGGAGCGGGGCAAGGGGUGGGUGGGGUGUGGGGCCAUUCUCCGGUGAGCGCUCAGAUGCCCAACGCUAGGGUGCCGGCGGGGCAUGCCGGAGGCUGGGCGGGGUAUUCCUACGGCCCUGGGUACGGUGGGUACGGUGGGUGCGGUGCCACACCCCAGCCGCCAUGCUUGGUGUGGGUGCCCUUCUCUUGA